GACGCAGUUCGCGCCCAAACGGUGGUGAGAGCGCACGGAGCGCUCUACAUAGAAAGUUUAAUAAAAUAAUUUUAAUUAAUAACAAAAUAUAGUGCUCGUGAAGUUUAAUAAUCUCAAAAUGGCACGAGGGAUACUUUUCAUAUGUGGUAUUUAUUUAUUAUGCUGGCAAGCCGACGGCAAUGAAAAUAACAAAUAUGACGAUUACUUACUCUUACGAUUAUACCCUAAAGCCAGCAAAGAAAUUGACAUAUUAAAUAACUUAGAGAAGAGUAUAGAGGGCAUAGAAAUUCUCAAAAAAAGUAGGAGCUUCAAUGAUACCACCGAUAUUUUGGUGCCUCCAAAUCAGUUGGCAUUUAUACGAGAUAUAGCCCAUGAAAAUGGUAUAACAUUUGACGUGAAGGAAAAUUACGGCAGGACAUUCGACCCAGCAGAAAGAACUCCAAGGAGAAGAAUCUUGCGAGGCUUCGAUGUGUUUGAAUAUCACUCAUAUGCCGCCAUGCAAGAACAUUUAGAUAUGUUAACAAAACGACACCCAGAAUUAAUAAGCAUGCAAACACUGGGAGAGAGCUACCAAAGGCGGAGAGUGAGACUCGUUAAAAUUUCCUCAAAUCCGAAAGCAGGAAAUCCCAUUAUUUUCAUUGAUGCUGGUAUCCACGCCCGCGAGUGGGUGGCGCCCGCGAUGGCGAUGUACCUCGUGCACCGGCUGGUCAACGACCCGGACGCGCGGCGGGACCUCGCUGGCGUCGACUGGUACAUACUGCCCGUGGUCAACCCUGAUGGGUAUGAGUAUACGCGCGCUAAUAAAGUGAAUCGUCUCUGGAGAAAAACCCGUUCCAAAAACACGGUGUACGGCUGUUUUGGUGUCGAUGGCAACCGCAACUAUGGUUACAAGUGGGCGGUCAGCGGGGUCUCUAAGAACCCUUGCGACCAGGAAACAUACGCCGGACCCAAACCCUUUUCCGAGCCAGAGACGCAAAUGGUCCGUAACGUCAUGAUGGAAUACGGGAAAAGGAUAAAGCUAUACGUGUCCUUACACAGCUAUGGACAAUAUCUUGUGUAUCCUUGGGGAUACACCGGAGAUUUCCUGCCUAAGGAAUGGCAGAAAUUAGAUUCUUUAGCACGAAUGGUCUCGAAUGCUGUGGAAAAUGCUGGUGGACAACCUUUUAGGGUAAUGAGCGCUGGUAAAUGGUAUCCUGCUGCGGGUGGUAGUGAUGACUUCGCGUUUGGAGCUAUCGGUGUCCCAUAUUCAUAUACCAUGGAACUAACAGAUGGUUAUGAGUUCUUAUUCCCAGAACGACUCCUGCAUACAGUUUUCCCUCAGUAUUAUGAAGGUUUCAAGGUCUUCGCCACACAAAUAAAGAAUGAAUUCGCGCCAACUAGACAUAAAAAGAGAAUAACCGGCCCAGCCCAUUGACUCUAUAUGCUAAACUAAAUAAAAAGAAAAAUCGAAAAACUU